AAGCAGGCACCCGAGAUGCAAUCUAACACCAGGCCUUCUGGAGACCGGCCCCCAAGAGGGCGUGGUGGCGGCCGGGGUGGGCGUGGUGGAAGAGGACGGGGCAUGGGCCGAGGAGACGGCUUCGACUCCCGUGGGAAACGAGACUUUGAGCGACACAGCGGCAGUGACAAAUCCAGCAAUCAGAAGACUGAGGAGAAGCGCAGUGGCUCCGGCUCACACAACUGGGGCAACGUGAAGGAAGAAGUGAGUGAGACUGAACAGACUGCCGCCCCGGAGACGACCCCAGAGGGAGAGGAAACUGCACCUGCCGGCUCUGAGAACAAGGAGAACGAGGUGGAAGAGGUGAAAAACGAAGGCCCCAAAGAAAUGACCCUGGACGAGUGGAAGGCCAUGCAGGACAAGGAGCGCACCAAGGUGGAGUUUAACAUCCGUAAGCCCAACGAGGGCGCUGACAGCCAGUGGAAGAAAGGAUACGUGCUGCACAAGUCCAAGAGUGAAGAUGUAUGUAUGGAGAGGCCUGUUGGUGCUUUGAUUGACACCCCAGAGAUGGAAGCAGAAGCUCAACCAAUAUACCAGAAGCAACCCGGCCCCACCGACGAGUCCAGCGACCACCAUUUCCGCAAACCAGCCAACGACAUCACAUCCCAGCUGGAGAUCAACUUUGGAGACCUGGGUCGCCCCGGCCGCGGGCGCGGGGGAGCGCGCGGAGGCAGGGGAGGCCGCGGCGGGGGUGGCAGCAGGACGGCACGCGGGGGAGGACGGUCCGAAAAGGCGAGUGGCGUGUCAGUCCCCAACGUGGAUGAUCCUGAGGCCUUCCCAGCUCUGGCCUAAGGGCUCAUUUUCCACCACCGGCCCACCCAUCAGCCCUUCAGGGGCCCCUCCUCUACGAGGCUUGCAUGCUUACCACAUCUUCCAAGUAUAUAAGAAAACAGAAAAAAAAAAAAGAUUUUAAUGACGAAAAAAAAAAGACUGUCAUCCCAUACCAUCCCCACCACCAGAGGACUAAAAUUUUACCCGUUUUAAAGGAGAACAAAAGACAAAAAAGGCGGAAAAAGGACCUCUUGUUACACUGAAGUUUUGUAUUUAGGAACAUGAAAGCAGGGAUGUUUUCAUACUUGUUCUUUUUUUCAGAGAUUAUGCAUACGUCAUUGAUAAUUUCUUUGUGCUGCUUGAAUUUAUGAAUUUAUGCAUUUCUGCGAUUAGGUUGAAGUGUGUGUAUCUCCUCCCCCUGAAGCUUUUGUGCUUUUUUUUCUCCUCUUGACUUUAGCUCAGUAUUACGGGGUCAUCUUAGAAAAAGACUUUCUACUGGAGUUUUGUUUUCCAGUAAAUACACACUGAUGUGGUAGCAAUUCACUACAUAGGAAACUUGUACUAGAUAUCUGAAGUAUGGCUUAACUUGCAUAUAAAGUGUAAUUGCUCUGAUCCUGACUACCCACCUGUUUGCGAGGCACGAGUUCAGGAUGGGUAACCAGGCAAAGAGACUUCCUACUAAAGCUUGGUAUUUUUCAGCUUGUUGUGCAGUGGAAGUAAAUGCCUUUUCCUGUUUUAUUUUAUUUUUUGAUAGCUUGCCUUUUUUUGGUGGACCAGUGGUUAGUAAUGCUUUGUAUCCCCUGAUCCAGAUGUGCUACCUGUGUUUUCAGGGUGUCCCAGGGCCCAAUGUAUAUCUUUAGGCUGGUCCUCUUAGGUCAUACAGACUGUACUACUUGUAACUUCAGGACCACUAAGCAAAUAUUGUAUUUUGUUGUUAAGAAUGUUUGUGUUUGCGUUUGUUUGCGUGUGUGAGUAUGAAUGUAUUGAAGAGUGUGAGGCUGAAUGUGUGAAUUUGACAGCUGGUAACUUAGAAUUUUAAGUAUUCCUCCGCUAAGAACUUGCCAUUCUCCAACAGUAGACUGCACGUUCUGGCCUGAAGUAGUUCAUACUGUGUUUUGAAAAGUGAUUGUUGAAAUCUAUGCGAGAACGGUAGACUGUGGACAUAUCUAGCUCUUAGAGUAUCUGUAAUAUAUUUUCAGAUCUAAAAGCACUUGGUUUUAUCAGCAACAAUCCUCUGAAGAUUGUGGUUUUUUCCCCCUUUUUCCUUCUGUGAACCAUAAUUGCUGUUUUAUUUUAUUUUUGGGUAUUUUAUCAGUGCAGCAGCACCAAUGCAUAAUUUGUCUGAAAGAAAUGUCCGCUGUCAUCGUGGAGCAAUCACGAGCUACAGAAUGUAUUGUACGGUAAUGUUGCUUGCAGCCACCUGUGUCAGCCAUUUCCAGUGAGCUUUUUUGUUUUCUUCUUUUUAUGAAGUGGGUACAUUCCACAUUUUUUUGGGGGGGGGGGUUGUACUGAAGGCAUUAGGGAGUGAGUUACAAGCUUUACAUGCUGUGCGUUGCAGUGACUCACUGGUGAUGCACUGAUACAGACGACUGCGACAGUUUUCUCGUGCGACUGUUUGAGCCACGUGACGGCGAAAGUUUCUCUUGCAAACAUCCCUGUUCUAAUAAAUCGCUUUAGAGGUGUUACAUGUACUUUGCCAGUGGCUGUCGGGUGUUUUAAAAUCCAAACUGUGAAUUUUAAAGGUGUAAACAAUGCUGAUGACUCUUCAUUGGCUCUAACGCACUGAGGCAGUGGUGUGUUUCAGGCCUGCAGUAUUCCCUGUUUAUCCUAUAUGGAUUUGAGUGAGACGUAAGCACUGCAGAUAGGUUUGAUUUACUCAUUUACAGUUUUUAGGGAGCCCUGCAAUAAACCUUCAUCUGUGA